AUGGCGUAUGCCCUUCAGCCGUCGUCGUAUGACACCGAGGAACCGUCGCCGUUGAAUAUCAUCUUGAAAGUACGAAGAUCGCCGAAUCAAGCGGCUCACACGUCACACGACGUCCCUUACCACUCACAACACACCCUGGAUCAUGUCGUUGGAGUGGAACCAGCCCCCAAGCCAUCACAAUUGCGGAUUACAACGAAUCCACCACGCAGUAAUAGCAUUUCCCAAGUCACGGUUGGGUGCAGCGUUGUAUCCGUGGGCUCUGGGUUGCUUGAUCAGCAACGGCCUCCACAGCCCUUACUCCGUAUUGGGGUUGCUACUGAAGAUACCGAAAAAAUGCGGGAUAGAAUGCCUAACUCUAAUGACAACUCUCAAUGCAUCCCACUCGAUGCGAGGCACGGUCUCGUGCACCCCCCCGCAAACGUUUCAGGCACCAAAACAUGGGCAAACAGACCAUAUCUUAGUCUGACGGUGGCACCUCAACUUGAUGAAUCAUCCGAUCCAAAACCCAGUGGGAGUUCUCUUGAUAGAUCUGGACUGUUUUCAGAUCCUGGAGUCGCUCGUGAAAACAGCGGAAUUCAAACGGCACAGCAGCAGUCGGACAUGACGGCAUCGCCAUCAGCACCACAAUAUUUGCGGCAAACAUCGGUUCAAAAUAAUCGCUUUAAGUAUGUGAAAUAUCCUAUGCGGGGACUGACUUCAAACAUGAGUUCUUUUUACGGUGCAGAACAAAUUGGACAGAUGCCGAAUGGAGUAGUAGGAGGCGGAGGAGGAAACUGGUCUUGCAGGGCACCAGAGCCUCAAAUGUACGGUAGUAAUUUUUCUGGCCCAGGAUAUAAUUCGUCGUCACCGCAUUUGUCGCAUCAGCAACCAUACCCCAGUCGUUACCCGCAACGACAACCACAACGGCAGCAGCAGCAAAUGCUUCCUUGUUCCUACUGUAAUCCUCAACAAGAGCCUCAAGGUUGGUGUAUGGAGAAUGACACUAGGUAUGGAUACAACGAACCCAACAACUUUGUUGUGCCGCCCAGUAUCCCUAACUAUUCUGGGGGUGGUGGUAGCAACAUACCGAUGAUGCAACCGUACAACAACAACUCGCAAUACCCUACACCACCGCCGCCUAUGCAGCAAUGGUCCAAUGGAGCGGGGCAGCCUCCGAUGAGUGGUAUAUCACCGAUGGAGUCUGGGCUACAGCGAACGCCUUUGUCUUAUUCGAUGACUACCAAUGAUGGCCUCGCGCGUUGCCCACCAUCAGUACAUGUAGCCAGAAUUGGUGUUCCUUCAAAUUUACCACUAUCUUCAGGCGCGAAAUAUGGCGGGAUGUCAGCCAAUUGGCGGACACAUUCACGAUACCCCAAUAAUCCACAGCAACAGUCACAACAGCGUCCGGUACCACCAGAUUACCGGUUUGAUGUGGGCGGCAGUUCACCAGGACCAUACCCGCAUCCAGCAUUACCAGGACGUCGCCCAGACCAACCUGAUAGUUUAGGUAAUGACCAUUUCUACGGGAAUCCCCAGAUGAAUCAUGAAUUUGCUCCACAUCAGACAACACAAAAUACAACAAAUUAUCCACAUCAACCUGGAUGA